GGCGAGGUAACGGCCGCCGAGUCCCUGAGGCAGGAGAGCUGCUGUGAGCGGACACCUCAGGAAAAGCGUGACCGGGAGAACCGCGCCCGUUAUAGCCAGCCGGUGAGAUCUUCAAUCAAAAAUGGAUGCCGUGUCUGUUGUCACCCAUCUGAGGAACCUGGCGUCUGAGCCACAGAAUAGAGCAAGUAUUGUGAGGGACAGGAGUUGCCUGGCGGGUCUCAUCCUUUUUCUUAGUCAUCAGGAAGCACGCGUGGUUGAAGCGGCUCUUCAGACCAUUCACUACUUAUGUGAAAAUCCUCAUCAUUGUGAAAUAAUGAGAAGUGAGCUUGGUAUGAUGGUGAGUCUGGAGAACAUAAGGAACAGUGACCUGAAUAAUCAUAUCAAACUACUGGCCCAUCGGAUUCAUAAGUCACUAAGCGUGCCAAGUCACGUACAUACACCAGAAACAAAGACCAAGCAGCACAACCUGCAGUUCUUCAUUUCAAGUGCAAACAAAAGAGCAAAAACCAUAACACUCCAUAUUCAUGGACUGGAUGAUCUGGAAAGGAAAUCCCUAUGUGAAGAAGCAUUAUUGAAGGUGAAAGGAGUCAUCAGCUUUACAUUUCAGAUAGCAAUCAGGAGGUGCACAGUGCGGGUAAAGCCAGACCUGGCAACAGAGUGUUUAACAUCCGCCAUCGCAGAAACAAAAGUCCUGAAGGCGCAGCAGGUGAUAAAGAAUGACUGGGGGAAAGAGGUUUAUGUUCCACUGCCAGUUAUGAACAAUCCAGUGGAAAAGAUCCAGUGCUUACCGGACUACUUGCCAGAAGAGGAGAGUCCUCAGAAAGAUCUGGAAAAGGCUUUAACCCGUCCUACAUCAAAGGAUGAAUCUCGUGGAAGUUGGCUAAAUGCAGCAGCCGGUUUUCUUAGUAAAACUUUUUACUGGUGACCUCCAUGAAAUGUUCAUCAAUGUACAUAUUGUCCUGUGUAUUUCUAUGUGAUCUAUUACAAUUAGAAACACUAGAAGCUUCUCAGAAUAUGUGAGCUUCACACCAGGAUCUACCUGACUGUUUUUGUAGCUCGAUGUCAGGCAAUUCUCAGUCAUGUACAAGAAGACUUUAUUCCAUGGUGCUUGGAGGCUCACUAGACCAGGACUGAAAUCUGCACCAACCAGCUGAAUGAGAUGCGACUACCAAUGCUGCAAACUGGGGGAAGGAAAAAGAAUUUGUCUUGGAAUAGUUCAAAUUCUACCUGAU